AUGGAGAGACCACUAAAACGUGGACAACCACGCAAAUAUGCAACAGCCAAGGAGAAAGCGACAGCAGAUACUCAACGCAGGCAGAACAAACGGCAGGAAGUAGCAGCUCAAGGUACAGCCUUACCAUAUAGCAAUUUCUACAACUUGCACCUUCCUCCUACUACAUCCUUGGUUAAUUACGGCCAUCCUAUCCAGCAGUUGGAUAACUCAGAGAGCAGUCUAGCCGCAGGACUAGAUAACGACCAAGAUAUUAGCAACUUUCUACCGCCACCUAGUCCUCUACUCCAACCCACUACCGAGGGACUAUCUUUGAACGAUGAUGAGCCUGUUAGAGUGGUGUCGAUCAUAUCCUCGAAUGAUUCGGUAUCGAUUUCAAACCACGAGAGUCCUGACCAGGUCCAGGAUAUUACCUUCAAUACAACCUUGGAGACUUCCUCACAGGUGGGGAACAGCGAACUUGAUCCAGUCCGGCACCUCGCACAAGAGCUAGCAGAACAACUUGUGAAAUUUCAAGGAUGCUGCGAUAACUGCCAUCUAGCAGCACAAAGUAACCAUAUGGAGGAUCCCAAUGAACGUACCAGCCUCGCCAUGUACCUGAAGUUUAUCCCCGAAUUUGGUCCUGACGUCCUUAGUCAGGGUUGCCAGAGUAGUCAAUGCUUCACGUUAAUGGUAGACGACUAA